AUGCGGUUGCAGCGUAGGGCUGUAACACUAUCAGCGUAUCAAUACGAUGUGAUGGUAAAGACGACUGAAGCCAACGCCAACGCUGAUUACCUGUCACGCAUGUCGCUUGAUUCGCAUAGUGUUGAUGUGUGUGAGGUGUCUGAGAUUCUGACGACUCACCAGGAUCAGCUGCCAGUCCUCGCAGCAGACAUCAGUGCAGAGACGGCCAAGGACAUCGUGCUCAAGCAGGUACUGCAGCAUGUCGCCAAUGGUUGGCCCGAGACUGUCCCCUCAGAGCUGAAGCCCUUCCACCGCAUCGCAGAGGAGCUCACAGUAGUGCAGGGCUGCCUUCAGCGAGGAUUUCGCACGGUGGUGCCCAGCACGCUUCAGCCCCGGCUCCUUCAAGAGUUACACAUUGCACACCCUGGUAUGGUGCGCAUGAAGGCUUUGGCAAGGAACCAUGUAUGGUGGCCAGGUCUUGACAGCGACGUGGAGCGAGCCGUCCGAAGCUGCCAUGCAUGCCAAGUGAACAGGAAUCGUGAUCAACCAGUGGAGGUGACACGUUGGCCCAAUCCAGCAGCACCCUGGAGUCGCAUUCACGCCGAUUUUGCUGGACCAAUGGAAGGACGAAUGUAUUUGAUGGUGACUGAUGCAUUCUCCAAGUGGUUGGAAGUGAUUCCUAUGUCCUCCACCACCAGCAAGACGGCUAUCGCAGAGUUCCGGAAGCUGUUUGCGGCGUAUGGUUCUCCUGAUGCAAUCGUGACGGACAACGGCCCGCAGUUCACGUCCGUGGAGUGGAGCAACUUCAUGGCUGAGAGAAGUAUCAUCCACCUGCGCAGUGCACCAUACUUCCCCGCAACCAACGGAGCUGCAGAACGCUGUGUCCAAACAUUCAAAGCUGCCUUGUUGAGUGAGAAGCGUGGUCUACUGUCCUGGACCGAGGUACUGCAGACGUUCUUGGAACGGUAUCGCUCGACUCCUCACGCGACAACAGGAGAAACUCCAUCGGAAUUGUUCCUUCAACGGGAGCUCAAGACCAGACUGCACCUGGUACAGCCGCAAGCCAAGAAUACCACCACCGCUGCCUGCCACCAGCCGCCAGCAAAAGGGUUGGACGAAGGCAGCGCCGUCUAUGCGCGGAUGUUCAACCAGCCUCAGAAGUGGUCAGCUGGCACCGUAUUGCAGCGGAAAAGCACCAAGUCUUUCGAAGUUAAGCUGGCCAAUGGUGUCAUUGUGCGUAGACAUGUGGACCAGCUGCGUGUUCGUGAUCCUGCAACGACUCCUGAGCUUCCCUCUGAUCCUGAGAAGGUAGUGUAG